ACUUCUACUAACUACUGCCUACCCACGAGUUAGUGACUAAACCGUGUACACAUCUGACUUGAAUAGAUGGAGCCCUAACUCCUAUUACUGGGUGUGACAGCCAUGCCUGGUAAAGUUCAGGAGGUGAUUCACGUGGUAAGCCUGCAUUUGUUGGGUCUACCCCUCUUUCAUGGGGUUUUGGCAGGAGAAAAGCAUGAGUCUGUGCUCACCACCAAUGAAGAAUUACAGGAACACACUAUUACUCUGCCGAUGUUCCCUUUAUCCUCAAUGUCUCUUGAGCUUAACCAGAAGUCCCUCGAAUGUACACAAUCUGAUGCAAACAGGACGCGGGUUUGUGUAGCUCUCUCUCCAUCGGACCACCCACAUACCACCAUCCUCAGAUUACACGAUAACAGAAUUCCGUAUUUCGCUUGUUAGUAUAUGAGCCUCGACAGUUGCGUCAGGAGGAGUUCUACCAUCACAAUCCUCAUAAUCCUCAUAUUCUUCUCAGCAUGGGAUACUCGGUAGGUGACGAAUCCUGGAGCUGGCUCAAGCUGGCUCGAGGUAACUCUCAUGACU